ACGUUCAAGCCGCCUUUACCUUAGCCUUCUUUCUCCCCCUCCCUCAGGUGUACCCAGACUGCCUGUACAACCUGGGCAAUCUGUACUUGGAGAAGGGUGACCACAGUGCUGCCCUGGCCACCUGGACCAAUGCCACUUCCCUCAAGCCCUCCCUAGCUGUAGCUUGGACCAACAUGCUGAUUCUGCUGGACUCACAGGGCCUCUACCAGUCAGCAAUUGAUGUGGCGGAUAAGGCACUCAGGCACUUACCGAGUGAGCCAGCCCUGCACUUCAAUCUGGCCAAUACCCUAGGCAAGUUAAGCCGCUAUGAAGAGUCUGAGUCUCACUUUCUGUUAGCCACCAACCUGGACCCGGGCAACGCCAACUACUGGGCCAACCUAGGGGUCCUGUACCACCGCUGGAGGAAGUACGAGCAGGCUGAGAAGUCCUACCUCCAUGCCCUUAAGCUCAAUCCAACCCUGAAGAGUGCACAGGACAACCUCAACAUGCUGCUCAAGGCCACUGGCAAGAUAUAUAGAUAGCACAAGAUAAGGUCGAGUAAAUUCUAGUGAGGCCUUGUGCCUCAAACUGGUUGGAGAUUAGGGAAGGGAUAUGUGAGGCAGCAUGGAGUCUGAGAGGGGCUUUGUGGUAAGGCCAGAAGUGGGUAUGUUUAAAGUGUUUUUCACAAAUUUGAUAAAUGAAGAAACGUGGACUUGGGUCUUUGCUCUACUUAAGUGGUGUGUGAGAAUGACCAGGAUUUUAUACUUGUGGAAAUAAUUUUGACAUAAACAACUUUUAUCCUUGGAGAUGUCAAAAAGAUUUCCAUUGUGUGCAUAGUUGCAUUAUCACUAACAGAUAAGACUUGGAAAAGUAGGAGUACCCAGUCAUACCAUAUCAUUCCGUGCAUAGAUUUAUUGAUACCUCAGUGUUAAAAGGGAAAUGUGCUGUCGUUGAAAUAGAGCUAAUUUAGAUAUUGCUUUUACUUAUGCUCACUGUUGAUUUCUUUGAAGCAGUUUCACAAUUAUCACUAGCUCAUCUAAGUUGCAUUGAUUGCUCGGCAACAAAACUGCAGAUCUUUCACGUAUGUGACUGAAUUAUGUUUGGUCUGUUGCCAUAUUUUCAAGUUUUUAUAUGUAUUUGUACAUACAUGUAAACCUUAAUAACAGAUUCAUUGUUGUUAAUUUUUAUUUUUUUUUAAACUGUAUCAUGAAUCUGUGCUAGUGUUAUUCUUGUUAUCACUGUGCUGUUAAGUCCAAUAAGGUCUUGAGGACUUAUUUUAAGAAAGAUGUGCCAAGACAUUCUGUGUUAAUAUGAGUUCAAUUAAAAGAAAAAGGCAACUUUGCUUCUGUAAAGGAGUGCUCAACUAAUAGGACUGUUGUUUAGAGGAUUAUUGUUUUAAUUUUUGGAUGGGGCAGUAUGAUUUAAGGAGACAUAUUUUUUUUCUUUUACGUUUUGAUGGGCAUUAAAUUCUGUGUAGGAGAAUCUCGGCUUUAGAUGUUAAUUAUUUCUUUUGCAGGGAACAACAGGUGUCAUAUUUAUGUAAUUGUACAUAAGCCUGCGGUAGAUCUCUAUUGUCGUAAAUGGUUACCCCGAAGAACCAAGAAAAAGUCAGUACUUACAUCUGCAAUAUGUUGAUUCUCAGUGUAAAUUGUGCUCAUUUGCCACAUAGAAAAGACACUCCUUUGCCAUGCUAAUUAUUCCCUGGACACAUACUCCAUUGUUAAAUGUGAUUCACUGUGAUCCAUCAUCUUGUAGAUGGAGGAUAUGUUUAUUUUUUUCAAUGAUAUAUUAGUAUGAUCCCUUGAAUAAGCAGUGACAGAAAGUUACAGCAUGAGAGAAAGCAUUUGGAAUGUGUCAAUGCAUGAUAUAAAGUAAGCUGUUUUUUUAUCAGUGAUACCACUGAUAUAUCAGGAGUAUUUUAGCAAAGAUAGAAGUGGAAUUCACAGCCACCUUUACUGUAGUAAGAGUUUGUACAACAUAGUUUGCUAUUCAUGCUAAUUUUUAAACAUCCCUGAAACUAAGAUGUUACCAGAUUGUGAUAAAAGUGAACAAGGAACAAAAGACAGUUUUAUCUCAGCAGUGCAUCAUAUACUGUGCAGACAGAGAUAAUUGCAGUAAGUGGCCUAUACAAACACUACUUAAUACUGGGCAGUCAGAGUUUAUCAAAUAUGUUGUCUUUUGUUAUCUGAAGAAACAUGAACUGGGUUUUAUUACUGUUACAUUCUUUUGAGAGCUGAUGUCUGAUUCUGUUUAUAUAUAUAUUUUUUCCUUCAGUUAGUUUGCAUCACUGAAAAUUAAGCUUGGGUUGUGUCACCUAUUAUUAUCUUGUGCUUGUAAUAAUUAUUCUCUUUUAAAAAGAUGAACAAAAAGCAUUGUUGGAAACAUGAUGUGGACACCCUCGUUUAUUGUAGCAACUUAUCUGAAUGCUGUAGCUAAUGCAUAGGUGACAAGGGUAAUGGCAGCUGUUGGGUUCAGCUUUUUAAAUGCUGUAAUUAGGUGUUAUUUGUGAACCGAAAGCUUGCGUAGGAACUUUAUCAGUUAAACUUUGAUUGCUAUGAAAGUAAUAAACCCAGUGUUAUAAAUAUCUUAUUGUGUAAUAGGAUUUAAGUUUUGAAAGUGCAGUGAUCUAUUUAAAACGCUAGGGUGUUUUGGAAACUAUUAACUACAGAACUGUAUUACUGAAUAUAUUGAAUUGUAGCCAUCCAUAAUUCUGCUGCUCACAAAGCUGUAGUUUAGCAAAGGUUGAGGAUAUGUGUGUGUGUGUGUGUGUGUGUGUGUGUGUGUGUGUGUGUGUGUGUGUGUGUGUGUGUGUGUGUGUGUGUGUGUGUGUGUGUGUGUGUGUGUGUGUGUGUGUGUGGGCGUGGGCGUGUGAUUGUGAUUGUGCUUGUGCAUAUGCGUGUAUCUGUGUGUUAUGUAAUGUAUGUAUACAUAUACAUACGCUUAAUUUGAUUUCUUUUCAAGCAAUAUAUCAUUUAAGUUUCUGAUCAUAAUGAUAAUGCAAGUACUUACAUUUUAUUGUGCCAAAUCAUAGCAGCGAAGUAACUCAGGCAUGGAGAAACGAGCUGGUAUAUGUAGAAUCUUGUUUCUUAAACUGACUUUUAAGUGUUGACAGAUGUCUUUACCACAGGGAAUUUUGAGUUUUUGUGAAUUGCACAAUUUCACAUACACUUACACAAGU